AUGCAAAAAACCAGAAUUUCGAAAAGUGUUAAGCGCGAUCUCAUUCACACUGUUUCGAAGCUUAUCGAACUAUCGCAAAAGAUGACGGUAUGUCUCACAUUCAUCGACAUAAAGAAGGCCUUCAGCUCAAUUGAGAAUGAAGCAUUCAUGGAAGCCUUGUACAACCAAGACGUCAUAACUCAGCCCAUAAAGGCAUUUCGAGAGUUGUACAGUAACAUUACGCCCGGAAUUUCGCCAUUCUUCAAAAAUAUCAUCUUCGACUUGAAGAGAGAGGUCCAACAAGAUGGUACACUCUCACCUAAAGUAUCAACGGCCACUCUCGAGAACGCAAUCCGAAGGCUGGAAUGGAGUGGAACACGGGAGUGA